CAGGCGCAGGCUGGAGCGCCCAUUGCGCUGCCGUCGCCUGCCAGUCCGCGCUGCAGUAUCGAGAGGCUGAAGAAGGAGGAGAAGUGCAAGAAGAAGGAGGAGGAGGCUGAGGAGAAGGAGAGGAAGGAGCGGAAGGAGCAGGAGCGGAAGGAGCAGGAGCGGAAGAAGAGGCAGGAGGAGGUGAAGGAGGAGGAGGAGCGGCAAGGAGGGCGAUGAAGCCGCCUCAGUUCUUAGCUCUGCGCGAUAUUACUGUACUCUUGAUUAUGAAAAUGUGUUCUUACUAGCUAUGGCCACGUUACUACCUGAUCCCUCCGGCCUUUGUACAUUAACACUAAAUUCUUGCGUCCUGGUACAUUACCGCUUAGUGAUUAUCAGGUCCUUGAUAGAUUCGGAA